UACAUGCAGGGCUUGGAUGUGACCAUGCCCUCCAAUAGGAACUUCUUCCUUCACUUUCCCAGGGAAACCAAAAGAAAUCCAAAACCUUCCAAAUGAGCUUUUAGUGGAGAAGCACCUAAAGAAAAAAGAGAGAAAGCAAAGGGGCUUUCCAAGUCCGCCACCAUUAUCAAAAAGGGGAAAAAGUAGAAAGAAAGAAAGAGGGGAAAAGAUGGGAAGAAGUCCUUGUUGCACCAAGGAGGGACUGAACAGAGGGGCUUGGACAGUUCUCGAGGACCUGAUCCUCACGGAUUAUAUCAAAGCUCACGGUGAAGGCAAGUGGAGGAACAUUCCUAAGGAAUCUGGGCUGAGGAGAUGUGGGAAGAGUUGCAGGCUGAGAUGGUUGAAUUAUCUGAGGCCUGACAUCAAGAGAGGCAACAUCGCUCCCGAGGAAGAGGACCUCAUCAUCAGGCUUCACAAGCUUCUGGGCAACAGAUGGUCUUUGAUAGCCGGAAGACUUCCAGGGCGAACAGACAAUGAAAUCAAGAACUAUUGGAACACCACCUUAGGAAAGAAGGUGAAAGGAGAAGAACCAAAGCAACCUAAGAAGGAUGAGACCAAGAAGCCCAAGACUAAACAACCCAGCAAAGAUCCGACGCCAACAUCGGCAGCUAACAUCGACCCAGACGCGGUUCGGCCCCAAACGGCAGAGUGCAAUGAGAUAAUUGUCUAUCCAGAGCCACAGCCAGAAGCAUCAGUAACAGAUUUCGCCUCGGUUCAAGAUCUGGCGGGGGAUUACGCAUAUGCAGUGCCGAAAUCCAGCGAGGGAUCGCCAUUGAUCUUGUCGGAGGAAGAGGACUUCGGGAAUCUGCCGAUGGACUUCAGUCUGAGCGAGCUCUUGCUGUCUGAUGUUCCUGAGUCCGAGUUCUGGGAGCUGUGCCAGUUUGAUAAUACUUUGGAUCAGCCUCUCCGCUUCUCAGAAGAGAUGAUGAGGAGUUGGGCCAGUGAGGAUGGUUUCUAAUUCAAAGCUUAAUUGACCUGCAAGUUCGAAUCUACUUUGCUUUUUAAUUGGAUCCAUGAACCAUUUUGUGCUACAGUGAUUUUAACUCUGGGGAUGAACCCAUUAAAGAACCAAUGCUCAAGUUUGGCUGGUCCUGCAAUCAUUAACGCCUAUGGUCUUCGAUCAGCUAGCGUUCUGGAGCUGUGUUUGACUAGCUAGUCGUUUAUGUUCUUGUUUCUUUGUCCAAAGUAUUGGUGUUUAUACCGUGGCAAUAAGCGACGAUCGAUUUAAUCUGAAUAAAACGAUGUAUAUCAUUAACUUUGCAA